UGGAGCCGAACUCGUUUUUGCAGAAGAAAUUAACAACGUUGAUAAAUGAUCUAACUUUUAAGCGCUCAGAGGCAGUAGAGAUUCCGUAGAAAUAAGGUACUGGUAACAUAGUCGCAGUCAUGAUUUCUGAACGUAGAGGUCGUGAGAUUCUGAGUUACAUAGAAAAAAACUUCACUGUUUUGAUGUCUAUAGCGGUUGGAACAGCACAUUUUCCACAGUACAGCCGUGGCUCUCUUGUUUUUGUGUCCAUCUCAUUUAUUGUGCUGAUGAUCAUUUCUUUGGCUUGGCUGAUCUUCUAUUUCAUCCAAAAGUUCAGAUAUGCAAACCUACGUGGGCGGAACCAGCGUCAAUUGGGUGACGUUGCCAGAAAAGCUACCAGCAAACUAACCACCAGAACCGUUAAAAAGGGUGAUAAGGAAACUGACCCAGAGUUUGACCACUGUGCAGUCUGCAUAGAGGGAUACAAAUCUAAAGAUGUGGUCAGGAUUCUGCCAUGCAAGCAUGUCUUCCAUAAACAUUGUGUUGAUCCCUGGUUGAAUGAACAUUAUACUUGCCCCAUCUGCAAACAAAACAUCCUGAAAGCCCUUGGAUUGCUGUUAGGGCCAGAUGUACGCUGUGCAGAGAAUUCAGCACUUGAUAUGGAGAGAUCAGUCAGAGAAUCACCCUCCAAUCAGAGAUCCAUGCCUAUUGAUGUGACGAGUAAUGGUUCCAUCAGUCUCGAACCACUCCGUUUUCUGGGAAGUUCACCGUUGAGCCAGGAAGAAGAAGCCAUGCCACGAUCCAGAGAAAUGAACGUCACUGUAACCAAAUGGCUUAUUAUCGCAAGUUUUGGUGUGCUUAGCGCUCUCACUCUCUUCUACAUGAUAAUCAAAGCAACCACAGGCACAGCAGAAGAUGAAUAUGAAAAUGAGACAAUACAGUGGUGAAAGAUUGGAAAUGAAAGAAGAUAAUUGAACAGGCCUCUAUGCUGUUGAAUCCAACCCUGCUGUAGCAACAGACCAUUUGGAAAUGCCUUCCUUUUCACUAGAGUUUUGCUAAAGCAAAAUCUAUUUUUUAUAUGUUAUUUUUUCACAUGCAUCAAUGAACGCUUUGUAAGAAAUAUCUUUCAAAUAAAAAAAGGAACCACA